AUGGACGCCCGUCGUUUCUGGGCGGUGGUUCUAAUGGCGGCCGUGGCAGCGGUCCCGGCGGCGCGCGGGGUGUGGCUGGACUUGCCGAGCACGGGGGCGAAGUGCGUUUCGGAAGAAUUGCACAACAACGUCGUCGUUUUGGCCGAUUACUACGCCUUCAUUGGCGAGGAUUAUGACGCGAACAACACCGUCAAUCCGUCCGUCACCGUCAAGGUUACAUCACCAUAUGGAAAUGACCUCUAUCAUAAAGAAAAAGUCCAACAUGGCCAGUUUGCAUUUACAACGACCGAGAUGGGAAACUAUAUGGCAUGCUUUUCAUUGGAUGGUGAUCAUCACGGUAAGAAAGUGACAGUUGGUAUCGAGUGGAAAACCGGCAUUGCUGCUAAGGAUUGGGAUUCAGUUGCAAAGAAGGAAAAAAUCGAGGGGCUUGAGCUCGUGUUGAAAAAGCUUGAAGAACAUGUGGAAUCAAUCCAUCUAAACUUAAAUAAUCUGAUAAAAAGGGAAGCCGAGAUGAGAAUGGUUAGUGAAACUACUAAUGCUCAGGUCGCAUGGUAUAGUAUAAUGUCGCUCGGAUUAUGCAUUUUUGUUUCGGUUAUUCAGGUAUUCUACUUGAGGCAGUAUUUCCAGAAGAAGAAGCUCAUAUAG